AUGACUGCCCUACACUGGGCAGCGCAGGAGGAACAUAUGGAGGCCGUGAGGUGUCUACUGGAUGCUGGUGCGGAGGUGAACGACAGGGACGGCAACCAGAACACACCUCUGCACUUGGCUGCAUACAAUGGUGAUGUGGCUCUGGUGCGGAUACUGCUGGAGUCAUCUGCUGAUCCCAACGCGAGGGAUAAGUGGGGGAGAACGCCGCUGCACGAUGCUGUGUGGCGUGGCCACAUCGAGGCGGCGACUAUGCUGCUCGACGCAGGAGCUGAUAGGGAUGUUAUGGAUGACGAUGGGUUCACCCCCCUGGACAAAGCCCAGCAGAAAAACAACCAGCAGCUGAUAGAUUUGUUAUCAUGA